UUGUCCUUUUCGCAUGUGUAAUCGUUGAUAUUCCAGUUAGAGAAUGUCUCUGUCGACUUGUGGCAGGUUUUUCCGACCAUGUUUGAGUCGGAUUAGACCGGCAAUAAGCUCUUCAAGGUUGAAUGGAUGUAGACUAUUCAGCUCGCUCGAAAAGCGGCCAAAUUUUGCCAUCUGUCGGCUGCAGGCAGCCAGACACGCUUCAGACGGUGGUCAGGCUUCGAAUUUUAUGAGUGAUAAUGGACUGCUUGUGCUCGGUUUUGGACUGCUUGGAGGAUCGGUGAUCUAUGUGAGUAAGAUUUAUAGUUUUUGAAAUUUUUAUCUCAAGGAUGACUUAUGAGGAAACUGAACAUAGCACGCGUGUGAAUAUUGUCCCCCCUUCACCCUCCCCUUCCUGUACUUCUUCGGCCCUUUUGAAUUUAAUAUCAUUACCUCCCCCGGUUGAGGCUUUACCUUUUCUUCUUACCCUUGAAAAAUCCAUAAAUUUGCAUUCACUCCUGAAGAUUUUCAUAAAAUAUGGGUGUACCCCUCAAAGAAUAUAGGUUUACCCCAGAAGAAUUAGGUGAAAGGGUGAUUUUUCCUUUUUCACCCCUAAAGAGCAAGGUGAAUAGGGUACACAAAUCUGCCGAUCCGUCAUGAUUUAUUAGCCAAAUCCGCCCUUCCAUUUUCGCCCUGGAUCCGAAAUCCGGGCAAAAAUAUUUUAAUGAGGCCUUCCAAGGGGUUAACGAUCAGCAUUGUGUUUAUCAACAAGAACAUCUCCAAAGCUAAAAGUUAAGACUGAAUGUUGACUUCAAAUGUAAUAUAAAAAGAAGACUGGGGAGAGGUACCAAAGCGAGGCCACUGGUUGACACUGAAACACGAAUUCAAAGUCUUGAAGCGUAUUGGCAAUGGAGGAAAACUGUGAGCCUUUGUAACUUUAGCGAUUUCUGUGAUUCAUGUUUACACUCAAGCCAUUAGAGUGAUCAGAAACUCAAGUGGUUGAUCUUCUAUUAACAAGAAGGAAGUUUUUACAUGCGCUUACUAUUUAAAUUAAUCAAAUUACAGGACACAAAAAUUAAGUACAUAUAGCGAACAUUUGUAUUCCAGCAAUAAAGUGGCAGCAACGAUUGUAUUGUAGCGAAAAACGACAGCGACAUUUGUCUCUAGCCUAAUAGGCGACAGGUGGGUUGGAAAAUGAGCGACAAAGAGACAUCAGAACCCCCCUUGGAAGACCUCUUUAAUUACAUGCCAAGUCCAAAAUCCGGCUGCGGGUUGCUAAGGUGUGUUUUUGGGGAUUGGCAUUCAAAGGGUUAACUUUUAGUCAUCAAUAUUAUAUAAGAUCAGUACACAUACCCUGCAAACAGCAGAAAUUCAAUAUUCUGAGAUAAAUUGUGAAAUGUGAUUAUAUCUACAGGGUAAACAUGAAAACCUUACACUUCCCCUCCAAGGUUAUGAUUUCAAUAUAAUGUAACAUCGAGUCCUCACCAAGUUUUAUAUAGCUACAUCUCCAAUUAUAUGACUCAUCGAUCUGUUUGCUGAAAAUCUCUGUUUAGUAAAUGAGAGAAUCUAGGAUUAAUUAGGCAGUCUUAAUUUUUUUGAAUAACUGAUCUUUUUCAAUUCUUUACUUGCAUUAUUCAGGGAUAUUUUAGUGGUAUUUUACGUGUAUAUCCAGAGUCAACAGCUUCCAAAGCAGUGGUUGAGGUAAGCAAAAGUUGGUCACAGAACAAUGCUGACCAUUUUGUUUGUCAAUCUCAGUCAUGUCACUAUUAAAACUGGGGAAGUGAGGAUGGCACAGUGGUGAGAGCAAUCACCUCCCAUUACUGUGGCCCGGAUUUCACAUCCCUGCAUCGGCACCAUUAUAUGGGUUGAGUUUGUUGUUAGUUCACUCCCUUGCUCUGAGAGGUAUUCUUCAGGUACUCCAGCCUUCUUCUCUCCUCAAAAACCAACACUUCCAAAUUCCACUUCAACUAGGAAUCAGGUAGACGAAGACCCAAAAGUGGAUUUGGUUUAAGAUGGUUCAAAAUCCCAACUGGUAGGAGUUGAACCAGUUGGCUAUUUUACAAGCGUGGCUCAUGAGGAUUUGAACUUGGGACUUACAAGAACAAAUCCAGCUACAACUAGUUGCAAAAGUAAUUAAGACUCUACAGACUCUACUUAAGUGUUGUAUAUUGGCUUAAAUGGUCCAUGGUCUUGUGCUUGUGAUCCCCCCUCCACCGCUUAUCAAAGUUGCUAGCAAUACAAGACCAUGUUCAAAACUUGGAGGAACAACUUUGAAUAGAAGGGAGGAGGGAGGUCAGUAUUAUAUCUCACAGACAUGUGACCAGCAGUGAUUUGAAGCAACAUUUUUGCAACCGGUUGUAGCGGUCAGGGUGGGACUUAAACUCAGGGCCUCAGAAUUACAAGUCCACCUCACAUGCCAUGCUGCCUCUGCAAUAUGUUUCCCAUUCUGCUGUCUUUGCAAAAAGUGCCUGAUGCUGUACUUUCCUACUCUUAGACUUCUGCCGUUUCUUCUGAAACCUCAGAACAAGUUCAGUCACCAAGUGAGGCAGCUCCAUCUUCCGAAAAAGAGGAGUCACAGACAGCUGAGGUUGAUGCUGCUGUUUCUCAGGAAGGUAGAUAAUUAUAUAAGUGCUAAAAGUUGUCUCCUAUCUCUAUUUUCUCAAGAUUAUAAAUAAUAUUGUCAAUAAUAAUAAAUUUUAUAUCCUAUGUCUCUACCUGUAACCUUAGUAUUAUUAUUAUUAUUAUUAUUAUUAUUAUUAUUAGUAUGAUUAUUCACAAGGAUGAAAUUAAGGUUAGUGGACAAAGGAAAGUGGAAAUCAAACAAAUUUGAAACUAUUUUAGAAUGAAUUUCAUUUUGAACUUCAACAAAAACACUGCAUUCAACAGAAAAGAAAUAAAAAAUUAAUGACAUUUUCCCUUGCUUUUUAAUUAUUAGAAGAUGCCCCACCUCCCUUACCUGAGGUUCCUGAACAUGCAACAUACAUCUUAGUUGGAGCUGGAACAGCAUCAUUUGCUGCUUACAGGGCCAUUAGAAAAGCAGAUAACAAUGCUAAGGUACAUGUAUUUAUGUAUUAUUCUCAAGUUUGUGUAUUCCAUUAUGUUCAAUGACCAAAUUAUGUCCUGGCCAAUGUUAUGGAACUCUGCUGUUUCGUAGGGUUGACUUCUGAAUGGUAAUUUAGGGUUAGGGUCAAACUUGUGCUAAUUUCCCAUAAUUGUAGAUCAUGUCAUCCUCUCAGAAGGUUUGUUGGAAAUAAAGGUUGUGUACCAUCACAAUUAUGAUCUACAGUAAAUUGGGCACCAUAACAAUGAAGUGGAUUACUCCAAUUUAUUGAUCUUCCUGAGGAAAGAUCACAACUCUGAUUUCUUUCUGUUUAGGUACUGAUAAUUGGUGAAGAGGAAUACCCACCAUAUAUGAGACCUCCACUAUCAAAAGAGCUGUGGUAUUGUGAGGAUGACGAACUUGUAUCCCAACUGAAGUUUAAACAGUGGAAUGGAAAAGAAAGGGGGUGUGUGUAUAAUAUUUUUAUCAUGUGGAGUUAGUACUGGAGCUUUAAAAAUCACGGAGUGUUUAGGGACCUGUACAACUCAGUGGAAGCUCUGAAGCAUUGAGGGGCAUGGGAAAUGCGUAGUAAGAACUGUUGUUAUUAGGCUUGAUUAUCCAGACUCAGUGGGACUAGGGUAAACAACCUCCAAAGUCAAGAAUCUAGAUAAGACAAAAUGUGAGUAUUACUGAGAUGUGUUCCUCAUCAUUUCCUCAUUUCAUCGUUGCUAACAGAGGAUUAUUCAGCAGCACUGGCUCAAGUUUGUUCAUCUUUUUUGGUGGCAUGAUCAGGGGCUCAGCAUCAGUGUUAAACUGAAUGUACUCUCUUUAACUAACAGUGCAUAUGAGUGCCACUUGCUCUCCAAAAGGAAAAUCAGUCAUUCAGAAGCUCUUUUCAUAUCUUGAAUAAACAAAUAUCAUGUCCUCUAAUCUUCCUGAUGAUUUUUAUUUUGAAAAUAAAACCAGAGAAGUCUGGAUACACUGUAUGUGAGAAGCCUAUUCAUUGUAAUUGGUGGCAGAUGGUUGAAGUUUGAUUUUAGGAUAUCUUUAUUUUGUGUUUCUUUUCCUGUUGCAUACAUUGUAGAAUCUUUUUUGAACCAGAAGCAUUCUUCUGUAAGCCUGGUGAACUACCAAGCAAAGAGGAAGGAGGUGUGGCUUUACUAAAGGGUAAAAAGGUAAGGAUAUUUGAAAACAGUAACAUUCUCAAUGUUGCCAAUAACCUCUUUUUUAAACCUCACUGAUUGUCCUUUCUCUAGGUCGUAGGAAUUAAUAGCAAAGAACAAAAAGUCAAGUUAGAUGAUGGAGCAGAAAUUAGAUAUGACAAAUUGCUCUUGGCUCCAGGUUUGUUUCUAGGAACAGGAAUUUUUUAUGCUCUUUCUCAAUUCUGGUAGAAUUUUAAAAUCUCACAAACUUCAAACCUAUGGCAAACAUGAUAAUAAUAAUAAUAAUAAUAAUAAUAAUAAUAUAAUAUUAACAAUAAUAUUAUAAUAAUGAUAAACAACAGUUUAUUUUACUACCACUGUAGACAACUAAAAGAAUAUGAUAAUGAUAAUAAAAUGGUAAUUUGGAAGAAGGAGAAUUCUUAUACCAGAAAGCUGAGAAAAAAUAAUCUGAUCUCCAGGUGAGAAUCGAACUCAUGGCCCUCCGAGUUCUAGUUCGGAUGCUCUAACCACUGAGCUACUGGAGGCUCUAUGACAAUGAUAAUAAUACUGCUCAGCAGCUUUCACCCCAUCUCAUUUGAAUUCUGGGAAUUUAUAACACUUUUUAGUAAACCAAAAUGGGAUUCAAAUGGAUAUUAAUCCUUCAGGAGCACCACAUAUUUUGCAGUAACUAAAAAAAAGGAAAAAAACAGAAAAUUUAAUAUUUUUAUCAUUUCUUGCUUCAUUUCAGGUGGCAUCCCAAGAAAUCUUCCUAUUUUUGAAAACAGCGGUGAUGAAGUUAAGAAAAGAAUAACCCUCUUUAGAAAGGUCAGAACUGACUUUCACAAAGUCCUCUUCAGUUUUGUUUUGUAUACAUGUAUGAAGACGUUUCUUGCCUGCAGUGUUCUGACAUGAUUUUAGCAACCAUAUUAUUAGAUUGUGGAGCUCUACAGCUUAACUCUACUAUCAACAGUUCAAACAAAAUGUAAAUCAGUAGUUAUCCCACACUUAGUUGCUUUCACCGAAGCUUUGUCACCUUUUAGUGAUCUUUCAUGCCAAGGAUAAAGCACCUACCCUGUAAAUUAAUUUCGGAAGGAAAUUAGACUCAAAAUCCUUCAAGCAGGACAAGUUGACCUAACUUAGUUGCCCUCUUGGGCCGCUUCAGAACCUAUCUCACUUAAGCUUGCUCAAUUCUCCUUCUUCAGGAUUACUGACAAACACUUCCCCUAUAUUUUUGACCAAAAGAGGUCAUCUUGGUGCAAGUCUGAGGUGACAAGUGUACAGUCACAUAUUCUGUGCACAUUUACAUACAUCACUGCCUAGUGCUGGCCAGUUAUCAACAACCCUUAUGUUACUUGCAUGGAUAGGUAACAUCAUUCGUUGAACAUGGUCUUAGUGCUCAACCUCUUGGGCUUAGAACUAUAGAAAUGAAUAUUUAUACAUUAUUUGUUCUCAGAUUGUGGAUUUCAAAGAUCUUGAUGAUGCUAUAAAGGAGGCCAAGUCUGUUGCUGUUGUUGGUGGAGGAUUUCUGGGAAGUGAACUGGCCUGUGCACUUGGCCACAGAGGUAGUCUCAAAAGAUCAUAAUCCUGCUAAAUACAGUUCUUUUUGCUAAAUUUAGCCUUUAUCAGAUGAAGGAUAAUCCAGUUUGGCAGCAUCUGCUGUUACAUACAAUGUCCAAGAAGUAAUACUACAUGUUCUGUUUAUUCAGUUAUUAAGAUAGCAUUAAAAUCGAGGACAAGUUCAGGGCUGUCAAUAAGAGCUGGGGCUGGCAGCUACUAUGAGCUUGAUCACCGGCUACUCUUAUAUGAAACAAAAGGAAAAUGGAACCAAAAGAACUUCCUAGCUUUACAAUACACCCAGCAACUUGAAAUUUUAGCGACAGUCCUGAAGGUACAGACACUGGUACAACUGUAUGUUGUCAAAACUGAGCUGCAAAUAACAGUCACCCAUAAUUGGACAAUAUCCAACUUUUAUUUGCACUCUGAUUGGAGUAGCUUGAUUUUCCUUAGUAACUUGUUAGUUCACAUUCAAUGAUAUUUUGUUGUUUCAAUCAGGUAAGAAAACUGGUCUGAACGUCCUGCAGAUAUUCCCAUAUGGUCCCAGAGGACAACAAAUGGUAAAAGGUAAGAAAAGAAGAUUAUAACAUAGGGCAAUCAAAUUCAAUAGUUUUGUGCCCAAAUUCCUUUAGCACGCUGAUGACGCCAAUAAACUAUUCGUAAUUAAGUCAAGUUGUUGUGAGCUUACAAUCCUGAGUAAAUCCAUAACUCAGAAUAGAAAUGAGGUGAGAAAAAAUUUAAGAAAAUACAGUGUACCUACAAAUGUCUUUUCGCUAAACACUUCUCAACUAUUUAAACAUUUGUUAAAUACAGUGUACCUACAAAGUUGCUAACAAUUCACUAUUUAAACAUUUGUUAAGGUUAGAAUAGUGUCUGUUAUCUUUAAUAUUUAUUAAAUUUCUUGUAUAUUGUUGAUAUAUUCGUAUUUGUUGAAUGGCAAAAUAAGUGAAUGAAUGAAUAAAUAAUUAAAGAUGUUUUUGAGAAUAGUGUUUAACAAAAAUUUUACAUAUUAAUGUUAAAUUUCUUGUAUAUUAUUUGGUAGCGCCAAGGCAUUUUAAAGAGAAAACUCUUCACCUCCAUUUGACAUGCAUCUCCCCAAAACUCCUUUGCUCAAGCUCCCCACUAUUUAAUUGAGUACAACUGUGUAGUGGACAUGCAUUCUUUGUCAAUUGUGGGUGUGGUUGAGGCACAAAUGAUAAUCUAGGUGGCUCAUGCAUAGGUAGGUUCCUACAGCAGUGUCCUUACCAGGAUUUUGUACACUGGGGUCCACAGGACCCAUAGAGAAACUAAAAGGGGGUCAUGAGGGACAAAAGCGGGUCACAAUUUUUAGAUACAGUUAACUCAACGUUUUCACAGGUCUGAGUCGUAGAUAAAGGUGGGUGUUUUCUAAAGACCCCAAAACCAAUUAAAUUUUGGCUUAUAUUAUAAGGAAAUGUACGUACAUUUGUAUGUGUACGUAGGCUUACUUACAUUUUGUAAUAGGUUUUUUUUUCUUCUUUUGCACCUUUGGGAUUCUUUGGGCUAAUUAUAGUACGGCAUUUCCCGAAAAAGUGCUGCGGUCUGAUAAUAACACUUCUACAGUGUCUGCAGCCGUUAGUUGGAUCUUCAUGUUGUGUGUUACAACCUAAAUACAGCCUUAAGUUUCAGCCGUUUCUAGCACUUGUGACCUUCAUGUGUCUGUACUUAUAAACACCACCUAAAGCAUUCAGGUUUCUUAUCAGAUUUUCCUUAUAUUUUUAUAGAGGGUGUGAGUGUAAUUCCAAAUUCCACAGUGGAACAUGUUUCAUUCAAAGACAAUCAAGUUAAUCUUAGGUUAAACAGUGGAGAAGAGGUGAGAUACUGGUAAAUUUAUUUUGCUUUGAUGUUGAAAGAGAAAGCUAGAGUGCUUACCACUUACGCAAACCACUUGGGUGGAAAUCUUGCAUGUAAACAAAAGUACUUAACUAUAAAACUUGAUGUGAUGGGGGACAGCGACCUAUCACAAAGUAUGUCUGAAUCAGUUGAACAGACGGCCAACAGUGUAGAAAAUUGCAUCACCUCGAAUGACAGCCCAUAUUUUCUGAAGCUUCCUAAACAAAAUGGCAUGAAUCAUGUGAUUUUCUAACCAGAAUUUCUGGUUUUCCCAUGUCAAUGUUACAUACCCCUGGUCAUCAAUACAUUGUUAAUGGUCAGGAAGUAUUCAGUGUCCACUUCCUGAGAUCUCACGUUUGUUGAAUCUAUUUAGGGGCCGACCAUUUAACUCUUGAUCUCAUCGUUUGUUGAAUCUAUUUAUGCCAUUUUUUUCUUCCGGGCUUUUUUUCUCCCACCCCCCCUCAAGGAAACCAGCAAACCAGCAUAAAAUCCAUCUCAUAAAGGUCUUUUUAAGAAGAGUUGACUUCAGUAGAAGUUUAUUUUUACAGGUUUGUCUUAACACCGCCAUUGUAUCUUAGCAAAUCUUUAUCUUGCAGCUCCAAGCAGACCGAGUGAUUGUUGCAGUAGGCCUGGAACCAAAUGUUGAGCUCGCCAAUGUUGCUGGUCUCGAAGUGGACCCAAUUCUUGGAGGUUUCCAUGUCAACUCUGAACUACAAGCCAAGUCUAAUAUUUGGGUGGUAAGAAGGCAAAAGAUGACUGCCGUUGAGCAGAGACUGGCUAAAUGCCUUGUUGCUGUUUCGCUGACAAUGCUAUGCUAUAUAUUGCCCAAUUUAGUUCUUCCUGUUGCAAAUAACCAAAUUUCGCCUCAUAUGCCAGACUUUAUACAUUUUGCGUUAAUAGUUUUUUGUGAUGAUUUUAGGCCGGAGAUGCGGCUUGCUUUUAUGAUCCAAACCUCGGAAGGCGCCGAGUGGAACACCAUGACCAUGCUGUGGUCAGCGGAAGACUGGCAGGAGAAAACAUGACAGGCGCAGGCAAACCUUACUGGCACCAAUCCAUGUUUUGGUCAGUUCUAGUGCUAUCACGGCCUAGCGGCCUUAUAAAGUAAUAGAAGUUUCGGCCGGGUUAGGAUCCAGGCUGGUUUUAUUUGUAAAUUCUCGAGCACGAGUUUUUUCCUUGUGCCUGUGACUUUACUAACUAAGAUAGCAGGCACGAUAGUCUGGAACGAUAAUCUUGUGGUGUGCGUGAAAGAAAUACCCAACAAAAUUUUAUCUUGUUUUAAUAGGAGUGAUCUAGGGCCUGAUGUUGGUUACGAAGCUAUUGGAUUGGUAGAUUCUGUGCUACCGACGGUAGGAGUCUGGGCCAAAGCAACCGAGGCUGACACGCCUAAAGCAGUAGUAGAAGCUACAGGUGAAGGCGUCCGCUCAGAAACAGAGGGUGAGGUGAGUCGGUGGAAAAACAUGUACCUUUUUUGAAUUGGUCAAGUAAAACGCCACGGGGGGCUCUCACAUUUAUAUUGUAUUAUAUCUAUUGUUUACCAUACGGUCGUUUACGAGAGCUUCAGUCAGAAACUCGUCGACAAUUCAUGAAAAAACAAAAGAGAGUAAUUUUUAAUGAGUGUCUUUAUAUCUGAUAUAGACCAGGCUAAGCCUUACUUCCAGUUUGUUUUUAGACCAUUAGCGCGGUGCAUUUUCAUUUAAGUGUUGAUUUAUAUGAAUAACACUAAGAGUGAAGGCUGAGUGGCCGCUUAUGAGAGCUUGAAAACAAAAGAAAAGUCCAGUUGGGUAAACCCGAAGGUGGUCGCGGUCGCUUCUUCGUUUUUCUUAGAUCUUUAUCACUGAAUUAAAGUACUAAAACAUUUUUUCAACCAGGGAUCUGAGCCCUCCCCUGUGGUGCUCACCCAGCCAGCGGCCCCAGUCCCUACCGCGUCGUCAGAGGAGUUCGGUAAAGGUGUUGUAUUUUACAUGAGAGGCAAGCGAGUCGUGGGAGUUGUAUUAUGGAACGUCUUCAACAGAAUGCCCCUCGCCAGAAAGGUUAGUGUCAUUUAGUUGCUAAUGCAAAAACUGCCCACCUACCCCUCCCCUAAGCUAACAUUAACACUUGCUUCUCACUUAGGGCAAAAUGAUGGCAUAGGGGAGGGGUAGGUGGACAGUUUCCCAGAAACCUAAAUUAAUCCGCAUUGUUCUUUUUGCUAUUUUUCUCUUCAAAGUGUCACCGCCCCGAAUCAAAAGCCAGAAGAAAAUCUGAUGUGCAUUUAAAAAAUAUCUAUUUGGAGACUGAUUUGUUAACCGUUUAUUAUUUGACUUCUGUUCGUUCUUUCUUGCUUUGCAGAUUAUCAAGGAGGAAAGAGACCAAGACGAUCUUAAUGAGCUCGCUAAACUGUUUGAUAUCCACAAAAGCUAACCGUUUCAAUAUAUUUUAAUUCCGAUAAACUACUCUACAGACAAAAUCGUACAUUGUGACAACACGGUUGUAGUCCAGACACGGUUGUAGUCCAGUCAAGUAUCGAGUGUUGGCAAUGCGAAUAGAGAAGGGCAGAGCUUCAUUAGACCAGUGCUUCUCAGAAAACAGACAUUAUGCUCUUUCGCUCCCUGAAAGAGUGCGUGACAAAAGGAUUGCGUGACGAACUACAUAUAAGGGACGUUUAAAAAGGAAAUUGUCAAGAGCCCCCGUUUGUGAGCUCAUAGUUAUGACGUUUGUUCCCAAAAAGUCAAGUUGUUGACGGGCAAGAAAAAUUUAACUUGUCGACUGCGGUAAAUGCAGGACAUAUUCUUAUAAUAAAAAUGAUAUUUUCUCUUCC